AUGGCCACCCGGAAGGAAAGCACCGCACUACAUGAGAGAGAUGUCCAACCCUGCGAGCAAUCAGAAUAUACUUCGCAAAUGGAACUCGACUUUGGCCACGGCCCUCUCGCUCACAUGCGAACUAACAUAUCCGCAGAUCUUCCAGCUUUCGGGGGCGAGAUGCAGCCUGGUCUCUAUCGAUCUGUCUCGCAACGGAAAUUUGCCAAUCCAGCUCCGCUCGGAUUGUCAGCCUUCGCACUGACAACUUUUGUUCUCAGCUUGAUUAAUCUGCAAGUUCGCAAUCUCGGCGUGCCCAGCAUCAUUAUUUCUCUGGCGUUCAGUUAUGGUGGCCUUGUUCAACUGCUUGCCGGGAUGUGGGAGAUGGCCAUUGGCAACACGUUCGGAGCUACCGCACUGUCUUCAUAUGGUGGCUUCUGGAUCGCCUUCGCCAUUAUCCUCACCCCAGGCGGGUUUCAGAUCGAGGCGACUGUCGAGGAAGCGGCUGGCCAAGCCGCCUGGCUGAACUCGAUUGGAUUCUUCCUCAUGGGCUGGUUUAUUUUCACCACAAUCCUGUUGCUAUGCACUCUUAAGUCUACCGUGGCGUUCUGCUCGCUGUUCUUCAUGCUCGACAUUGCACUCUUGAUGCUCAGCUGCGCCUAUCUAUACCCGCAGAACGGCGCUCCUCACAGAGGCUUAACGCACGCUGGCGGUGGCUUUGGUAUCGUCACGUCCUUCUUGGCAUGGUACAACGCGUUUGCUGGUAUUGCGGACACGUCCAACAGCUUCUUCAUAGUCCCGGUGGCGCAUUUUCCGUGGUCCGAGAAAGGGAAGAGUAAGCGGCUCGGUGAUGGGCAUGAUGAUGCUGUCUAG